UAAGGAAUAGAAAGCUAGAGCGUGGGGGGGUCAUGGUGAUUGAGUUUGGUAUCCUCUUCAGGUUUGGGGCAUAGGUAACAUCUGGGAUGAGAAAACUUACAAGUCGAGCCCCCGAGCUUGCCGGGACUGAAAGAAUGUUUUCCCCGCCCAGGGGCGGUCGGUGGGCGUGGAUGCCGGCCGGCGUCGUCAAGUCUUAGAAAUAGCCUCAGUCGGCGGGGCAUCUGUGCAGUACCACCGAGAGAAACGAAAAGAAGGGAUCUGGGAAGCCGAGAGCCUCUGGCACCGAAAGCUCUUUUGCAAGCGUGCGCCGUCAGGCAAAAGGGUCGGGUGGGGACUGCCGGUUUGCUUGCAGUCAUCUUGGGGCCUCGCGAAGCCUUGUAGCAUCCGUCACCAGAGCCACCCGGCUGGGAAUCGAGGAGCCUAGCCCGCUACCUUACGUGGGCAGCCCCCACCAACGUCGCUCGUGCAUCCGCUGAGAGGGUGGGGACAAUUUAAACUGAAACUCAGGUUUAGAAUCUUUAUCUACGCGUUGCAAGGCUCAUUUUUGCAAGACUUUUUUUGGGGGGGUUUGCUUUUAAAGAGUGUACAGUGACUGUAUUUACUCAUACGUAGCCUUAUCACCUCCUGCUUUGUCUUCCGAGGUCUUUUGAUUUCAAAUUUAAUCUGAAAAUUUAGUGAGUUUGGAGAGGGAAGGGGUGGUGUCACAGGACCUCGCAGUGAAGAUGCCCAUGGAGCUGACUCGGAGCCGGGUACAAAAGAUAUGGAUUCCUAUCGAUCACCGUCCCUCGCUCCCCAGACCUCCUGUGCCUCAGCUGACCAAUUCCCCUACUGUGAUUGUCAUGGUUGGACUUCCUGCCAGGGGAAAGACUUAUAUGUCCAAGAAGCUGACACGCUACCUCAAUUGGAUUGGUGUCCCCACAAAAGUCUUCAAUGUUGGGGACUACCGCCGGACAGCUGUGAAGGAUUUUUCUUUUCAUUUCUUUCGUGCUGACAAUGAAGAGGCCAUGAAAGUUCGGAAGCAAUGUGCAUUAGCUGCCUUGAGUGAUAUCCAGUUGUAUCUGAAAGAUGAAGGUGGCCAGAUUGCAGUUUUUGAUGCUACCAAUACCACAAAAGAGAGAAGAACCAUGGUCCUUGACUUUGCAAAAGAAAAUGACUUUAAGGUGUUUUUUGUCGAGUCUGUAUGUGACGACCCCUCUGUGGUUGCCUCCAACAUUAUGGAAGUUAAACUCUCCAGCCCUGAUUACAAAGAUUGCAGCUCAGCAGAAGCCAUGGAAGACUUCAUGAAGAGAAUCGACUGCUAUCAAGCCACCUACCAGCCUCUUGACCCAGAUAACGAUGAUAGGCAUCUGUCGCUGAUUAAGGUGCUUGAUGUUGGCCAAAGAUUCGUGGUAAACCGAGUCCAGGAUCACAUCCAGAGCAGGAUUGUCUAUUACCUGAUGAACAUCCACGUUCAGCCCCGGUCCAUCUACAUUUGUCAACAUGGAGAGAGUGAGUACAACAUCCAAGGAAGGAUUGGCGGAGACUCUGGCCUUUCUGUCCGGGGGAAGAAGUUCUCCAUUGCCCUGAGGGGAUUCCUUGAAGAUCAGAACUUGAAAGAUCUUAAGAUAUGGACCAGCCAACUUAAAAGUACCAUCCAAACAGCAGAAGCCCUCAACCUACCUUAUGAACAGUGGAAGGCACUCAAUGAACUCGAUGCUGGAGUGUGUGAAGAGAUGACCUAUGAUGACAUCAAGGCAACUUACCCUGAGGAAUAUGCUCUUCGUUCUCAGGACAAAUAUUAUUACCGCUACCCUACUGGAGAGUCUUAUCAAGACCUAGUUCAGCGCUUGGAACCAGUGAUCAUGGAGUUGGAGAGACAAGAGAAUGUACUGGUGAUAUGCCAUCAAGGUGUCAUGCGUUGCCUUUUGGCCUAUUUUCUAGAUAAGAGUGCAGAUGAAAUGCCAUAUUUGAAAUGUCCCCUCCACACAGUAUUGAAACUGACACCUGUGGCCUAUGGUUGCCGUGUGGAAUCUAUUUUUUUGAAUGUAGAAGCAAUAAACACACACCGGGAAAGGUCAGAGGAAGCAAAGAAGGGACCUAACCCGCUCAUGAGACGCAAUAGUGUUACCCCACUAGCCAGUCCUGAACCCACCAAAAAGCCUCGCAUCAACAGCUUUGAGGAGCAUAUGGCUUCCACUUCUGCUGCCCUGCCCAGCUGCCUGCCCCGGGAGGUGCCCACGCAACCUUUACUAGGGAAAGCCUGUUUAACCUGAAUAAUUCACAGAACCAAUAUUGACUCUCCCUGGAACUCUGAAACAAAUGAAACCAGUUGCAUUCCAUCGCCAUUUCUGAAGCUUGGCUUGUGCUCCUCCAUUUAACCUGAAGCCCAGAUAAUCCCAGCUGCUUCUUUCAUAAACUGACCAAACUACCUGGGUGAGGAGGGCACUGAUCAAAUGAAAAUUCAGUACUCUGAUCAUCCAACUGUGUUGUGAUGACCUAAAGGCAGUCUAUAGCCCUCCUAGUGUAAAGAAUCCAUCAUUUUCCAUUUUACUUCUUCCUUAUUUUUCCCCAUUAUUCCACACUUCAUUUUUGAUGAUUGUCUCUUUAUAGCGACCUCUCUGGAAAGGCUUUGGAAGUGUGGGGAGGGAUAAAUUAGCUGAGGAGGAACGCCUCUGCUCCUUUUCUCUCCUUCUGCCUUAUCAGGAGAUGUUUUAAAAUGAUGGGUCAGAUUUUUCUUAAGAAAAUUCAAAAUGGCCACCCUCCAGAAGAAACCAUUAGCUUUUUGUAUUAGUCUCUGAAAACAGUACUUAUUUUAAGAGUGGAAUCAAUGCGCGGAGGAUUUGGAUUUGGAAUGGAUCUCUUCCCCCUCUGGAAUUACUGAGUCAGAAAUCUGCCUUUCGACUAAAACAAAGACAUUGCCUUCCUCCAUUUGUUUUCAUUCAGAGUUUCUGAUCUUUCUCUAAGCAGAAUGUGAGAAUGGACUCCCAUCACCCCUUGUCCAGAGGGUCAAGGGUUUUUCUGAGUUUGAGAAGACACUGCUCUCUUUGAACAACUUGUAUUUGCACCUUUUGUGGAAGAAGGAUGAAAAUCUGCACCUUUAUUUCCUGGAACUUGGACAUUGAAUCAUGCCUCCUAGGAGCUGUGUCCGCCUGUGAAGGAAGCAUCAUCAUGCUUAGGUAGACCAACAGGGUCAGGAAGCGUCCUUGGGGCUUGUUUCCUGAAAAGUUUUGGAUCACUGGGUUGAGAAUGGCUUGGUAUAAAACCAGUUGGCCAUUGUCUUCUCCUUCUAAAGUAGACGGAGCUCCGCAGUCAGUUGACUACCCUGGAAGGUUGAGGGAAGAGAAGAGAUGAGAAGAGAUCCUCUCUAGGAUUCUCUUCUCUGCCCUCUCUUUCAGGGUGUCUGAGGAAGUCAAAGGCCCAGUUUCAGUUCAGAAUUAGGGAGCAUUUGUAGUAUCUGUAGCAUUAGACCAGGUGCUAAGGACAGGGGAGAUAGGGGCACGGCUACAGAAGUUGGCGUUAUCCCUGUUGUGAUGUCACACUCUUUGGAGUGCGGGAGUGAGGAAGACUUCAGUAAUGCAUGAAUGCCCUUUAAAUGCCAUUUCCUCUUUGCCCAGUGUGGAGAGAGGAGCCCUUGUGGGGAUUGCAUAUAUUAUGCUUAAGAGGUGAAAAUAGGUGGGCAGGAGAAGAGAGACAGACCUCAGUGCCUCAUAUUUUAAUCAAUAAAAUUUAUUAACUCACUAUUCAGUGCCAGGCACUGUGCUAAGGGCUAGGGCUAAAAAAAGAGGCAAAAGACAAGUCUCUGUCCUCAAGGAGGUUUAGUUUCCAUUUAGUGCUCAUGCCUGACCCUGUUUAUGGGCAGCCUACUGACGAGUAGACUCACACCAAUUGUCAUAAACCUAAGAUUUUCCCCCACCUUUUUUUUUUUACACCAUUGUGCCAUGUCAGCUACCCACCUCUCCUUGUGGAUGUGCAAGCAGGAGCAUGAGUGCAUGUUUAAUAUGUGAACCAUAUAGUUUUGGACUCGUUUUGUUCUUAUCAUAGGUUUGCUGGUGUCUGCUUUCUUGGCCUCAUUUCUGUUUUUAAUUGACAAAAGGGGCCAAGAAUAGAAUUUUGUUUAAUAUGAAGGUCUCUAAUCUCUAGUGUGUUUUUUUCCCUCUUUAUUUAAAACAGUGAUCUGGCUUUACCUAAUGAGAGAAUUUUAAUUUGGGAAGAAUUAAGGAGGAUGAGUAUAUCCAGAGAUCCUGGAGAUGAUGUUACUUUCCUUAGAAGCAUGUAGUAGCCUGAGCUACACUGAAACAUUUUAUUAAGGGGUGUGCUUGAUGUACUUGGGGGAGGUCUUGCUGGGACUACUGACUUUUCUUUUUCCCAUGUUUCCUUGGAAUCAGUUUUUUCUGAACUUUGUAUAUUUGUUUGGGGGGCACAACUUUUUUUUUUUAUCCCCCCUAUUCUAUAUUGAGAGUGACAGAACUCUUUUUUUUUAAGAAUUAAGGAAGGGGAGAAACUGAUUGAACCACAUCUAUGAUACUGUUUUUAUUUGUAAUACUUGAAAUUUAUUUUUUUAAUGUUAUUUUGAUAGCAAAAAUGCUAUUUAUUUAUUUAAUGUGUAUGAUGGCACCAGGUGAGAGAGAGAGAGAGAGAGAGAGAGAGAGAGAGAGAGAGAGAGAGAGAGAGAGAGAGAGAGAGAGAGAGAGAGUGAGUGAAAUAUUGGGGGGUUGGGGAGGGUUGUUUUGUUUUUUCCCUAAACUUGUGAGCUAUUAGGUGUGCUUCAUGUUUGUCUUAAAUAAUCACCUGGGAUAAAACUCUGCUAGCUUGUAAACAGGGUAUGCCUUUCAGAAAUUUGUAUAUUUUGCAAUUGCUAGAUAAAUAAAAUAUCUUGUUAAAGUAUA